GGGCAAUGCGUGUGGUGGGGUAGAGUGUGGGUAACCCGCACUGCCCACUGUAGUCCAUUAUAAUACCCUAGUAUUGUUGUUAUCUAUAUAAAUAUAAUGCUCGGCUAAUGUGUUAUACGGUGGAAGUUUAACGGUGACGACUGUUGUGGAAAAAUAUUCGUUUUAAAACCGUUAGAAGUUUAUUUUGCCACACAGUUGAGGCGCUUUUAUUUGAUGUUGAUUUGAAGCUUUCGUAGCUGCAGUAAUACCAUACUCAUUGAUUCUUUCGGUAAAGUCACGUAGGUAGAAAAUCAAUAGAUCACGACGUUUCGAUCGCAACACAAGCAUCCGUCAUCAGGUGUGAAACAAACAGCACCAGGUAGAAUUGCCUACGAAUGAUUUUUUAAUUUAGCCAACCACAAAAAAAACCCACAACCCAACAGAUUGUGUACAAAUAACACCACCGAUCAUUGCCGCGUUGAGCAAUCGUAUUAAACACAGGUGCCGGACAUUCUUGCACGGUGUUUAAUAAUAAACGGCAGCCAAUCGUAUUAAAUACAGGUGCAGACAUUCUUGCACGGUGUUUAUUAAUAAGCGGCAGCUUUUAAUUUCGUGAGCUUGACUUAAAGGAUAAAGCGAUUGGAAGCAAGCCCCAUGGCCACUUCUUUAAAGGCGUCGAGACGCGUCAACGUGAAAGACCCAGCUGGAAAACAAAGGGCGUCUAACCAGGCGAACAAGCAGAGCGAGGAGACGGGUCACGCGGACGCAGCGGCGGUGAAACGCAAAGUGACCAAGAAAGCCGAAUGUGCCGUGACUCCGACAAUCGUGGAACCCACCGCCAGCUAUCAGCUGGAAUCUUUCCGGCGUUUCAGAGAAGACCCCGUCACAAGUAGAAUCGAUAGCAUCCUGACGAAUAAGUUGGCUCACGUAGAGUAUGAUUCAGAGGUGUGUCGCUCCCUCACUGUGACACUGACGGAUGACAUCUUGGCGAUGGUGAAACAGUUUGAGUUUGACCGCUACAAGUUCAUUGUCAAUAUGUUUAUUGGCGAGAAGAAAAAACACGAUGUUCUGAUUGUAAGCCAAGGGCUGUGGGACAUUGAAAGAGAUGGCUGGGCCUCGGCUUCGUUUGAGAACUACAGCAUCUAUGCCACUGCAUCCGUAUACGCCUUUUAUCUUGCGUAGCAUGAACAUAGUCUGCCAAUUUAAAACUUUAACUUCAUUAGCUUUCCGCAGGUGUUAUUAACCGUUACUAAAAUGCGUCUUGGCUGCAAGUAAAAGCUGACAUUCACGAAUUUCAAGCAUUGUAUUUUAAAUGUGUUGUUCAUGGUAUGACAUGGCAGUUCCUUAUCUCUGAGAUGAUUUCUGGUUGUAUCACAGUUUGUUCGACAUGGUGUCAGAUCUUCGCUCUCCCAUGUGCUAGGAGCGUCUUGGAUGCCUCCAAGUUCAUUCACAGGACGCCCGUGAAUUAGAGCCUCCUAGCAGCGUGAGCCCUUGCUGCUGAAAUAAAUCAAACCUAAAAUCGCAGCACGCGGAGCCAAAUAUCGGGUAUCACGGGGUACAUUAAGCGGUACAAACAGAAAACAAAUCAGAGAGCGAUUGUUCUUUGUAGUCAUUAAAAUUAAUUACUUCACCACGUUGCUGUAAUAAGUAUCAUACAUCAUUUUAAUUCACAGUUUUGGCCAUGAGCCUUCAUUGUCAAGUGAGCAAUUAUAUAGCUAUCUCGCAGCCAGGACGUAACGUAAUUGUAUAUCUCUCGCAGCCAGAUAGAACUACAGGACUGUCAAUGUACGAAUUAUAGGCGCAAUUCACAUGGUCAUUUACAAAUAAAAUGUCUUUCUUACG